CGCGGGGCACGCUGGGAGCUGUAGUCCCAGCGAGCGGCCAUUUUCCCCGGCGCCGCGUGCGGGCCGCUGCCCGCGGUGACUCUGCGGCAUGGAGAGCGGCUUCGGCUCCGACUUCGGCUCUGCGGGCGGCGCGGGGGGGAAGCUGGACGCGGGGCUCAUCAUGGAGCAAGUGAAGGUGCAGAUCGCCGUGGCCAACGCGCAGGAGCUCUUGCAGCGCAUGACGGACAAGUGCUUUCGGAAGUGCAUCGGCAAGCCCGGCGGCUCGCUGGACAACUCGGAGCAGAAGUGCAUCGCCAUGUGCAUGGAUCGCUACAUGGACGCCUGGAACACGGUUUCCCGAGCCUACAACUCCCGGCUGCAGCGGGAGAGAGCCAACAUGUGAAGCGCCCCGGCUGCUGGACCAGGGGUGGACCCUGCGGGGAAGGGACAAGCGGCCAGUCCGCGCGGUUGGGGGCGAAAUCCUGCUGCCUUUCCGGCCCCUGCCGUGGCAGAGCAAUAAACCCUCACUGAAUCUUUUGCA